AUGGUUUUAGGUUUUGGAUCAUUACUAGGCUCCCCACAAGGUAGAUCGCAAGCUGAAGCGCCGCGUCCUGAAUUUACACCUAUUGGUAAACGAAGUGGAUCAACUUCUUCUUUUCAAGUGUAUCACAGCUACCCACAAGAACAAAAAACACAAACAUCACCGCCUAGAAGGAAGUUAUUUCGUCCAUUAGCUGACUCAAACCUUGCUGCACACUAUUCUCACGAUUCUGGUCUAUUUGAUGACACCGUUGAAGAUUUCGAAAAACUCUCCCCCAUCCGUCCACAACGCUCACCAAUAGCACAAAGAAAUAGAAGGAGCCCUGAUAGACACGAUUUUAUCACCGAUGACAGUGGCGGGAUUGCCGCAAGACAACUGGAAGAAACCAUUAAAGAGUUGCGACUGGAGAAUUACGGUUGGAAAAUCAAGUAUAAGGAACUCAUCAGAUCAUUGGAAAAUAUGCCUGCUCAUGAGAGGGAAGUAAGAAAGGAAAACAUUGAACUAAAGGAAAAGUUGGCAACCUUGCAUCAACAUAUUCAACAAUUGGAAUCGCAAAUCGCCGAAUUACAAAAUAACAAAGAGAAUAUUACUACCAACAACAACGAUUCCCGUGAAAAAGACAACAUUAUCCAGCAGUUGAAUAAUAAAAUUUAUGAGUUGCAAAAACAGUUAUCGUCUGAAAACAAACUAAAAGAGUCACAACUUGAAAAUGAAGAGAUAAUUCAAGCUUUGAAAUCUGAAAGAAAUGAGUUGACAGCAAAAGUUUCCGAAUUAGAAGACUAUAUGAAACAUUCUGAAGUUGAAUUUGAUGUUGUAAUGAAACAGAAUGACGAGUUUCAGGAAAGGAUUCACGAAUUGGAAGCUGCAAUUGACACGUUACAUCAAACCGAGGCCACCAUUCAGCAACAGUCCCAGCUGAGAGAAAACACUGAACUCCAACUUCAAAAAUUAUCAACUGAAUUAGAUAAACAACAAGAAAUGAACCGACUUUUAGCAUCAAAAAAUGAGAAUCUUGAAAUGGAUUUGUCUGAAAAGACAGAUAACCUCAAAGAACUAAACAAUAAGGUUUUGAGUCAAGCCCAAGAAAUCAAUUUACUUGAGACAAAAUUGGAUACAUUAAACUCCCAAUUUGAAAAUAAUACCGAUGGGAAUGAGAAAUUAAUGAAAAACUUGGAACUGCUACAAAACAAGGUACAGACACAAGAAGCUUUUAUUGAUGAGUUACACCAUGAACAAAAGACCAUUGAUAAUGAGUACAAGGCAAAGAUUAAAGAUUUAGAGUACGAGAAUGCCCAGCUAUCCGAAGAGAUUCUGAGAAUAAGGGCAAAAAAUAGCCAAUAUGACCCUGAGGCUCAACAUUAUGAGAUCGAUCAAUUAAAACAAGAAAAUGCACAAUUAAAAGACAAUGUUAAGAAGUAUUUGAAUAAUUUCAAGGAGUUGAAAGAUAAAGAAGUUGAACAUGCACAUCAAAUUGCAUUUUACGAGUUGGAGUUUGAAAAAGCUGAAAAAGAGAAUGAAAAACUACGGAAAGAAAUAAAACUGUUAAAAGCGCACGAGAGUGAGUUUGCUGAAAGUGAAGUUAACAACCGGGAAACACACAGGAAGCUAAAGGAAGUCGAGCGUGCAAAUAAAGAGUUGAUAAGAAAAUUGGAAAAUCUUCAAUCCGAACAUGCUGCAGAUAAAGAGCAACAUUACAAAGAAUUAGCCGAACUUGAAAGAGUAUCGUUAUCAAAAGAAAAGGACUUGGCGAGAUUCAAAGCCGAACUUGAAAAUUUGCAAAAUUCAGUUUCCGAAAAAACAGAAUUACGAGCUGACAAUGUUCAUCUUAGUAAUCAGCUUGAAGCGUCUUGGAAGGAAAUUGCUGAUUUAGAAAACCAACUUUCAGAAUUAAGGAUAACACAAAACCAAUUAAAAUCAGAAAAGAGAACUGAAGUCGACUAUGAAAUAGAAAGCCUAAUAAGAAAAUUAAAGAAUGAUCUAACAGAUUUGGAAAGAGAAAAUGCAAGAUUGAAAACCUUAGAGAUUGAAAAUAUUAAAUUGAAGCAACAGGCAGACAAAUUUUUGGAUGAUCGAGAAUUAUACUCUGAUAAUAUUGAAUUACUGGAACGGUUGAAAAAAGCAGAGUCAGCUAGAGCAGCUGCUGAAAAGAAGGUUUCUAAAAUGGAGUUGGAUAUUGCAGAUCUACAAGAAAUUGUCGAAGAAUUGUACACACGCAACAAGUUUUCCUUGCAUGACAAUGAAUCUACUGAAUUGAAGAAAGAGGUUCAAGACCUUAAAAACAAAAUCAAGGCAAGUGAUGACUAUAUUGAUGAGUUAGAACGGAACCUUAGACAUUCCCAAGCCGACAACAACAUUAGUGAAAAGUUACAAAAAGAAUUGACCGAUGCAUACGAUUUGGUUCAAACUUAUGAAAGCAAAAUGAAGCAAUUGGAAAAAGAAAUAGAAAAAAUCAAACAAUCACCAGAAUCGUCAACUAUUGAGCAAUACGUGGAAUUCCAAUUGAAGCUUACUCGCGAUGAGUUGGAGAAGGCAAAUGCCCAAUUGAAAUCGACUGAAGAAAAGUACAAGAAAGAAAUCACAGAGUUGCAAACCGAAAAGCAAAACAUGGAUAUCGAACUAUUAAAGGCAAAAUCCAACAACAAAGAUUUGAAUCGUCAACUUGAAGCUCUAAAUCAAGAGUUAUCGACAAUGACUCGAAACUGCAAGAGGUUAGCCAUAAAGGCGACCGAGUAUAGACGACUCGGAAAAAAAUUGGAUAACACAGACUGGAUUGAAUAUAUUCAAAAUGAGAAUUAUUACUUUAAAGAAAGAUACAGAGACACAAAUAUCAAGGCCCGUGACUUUAAGUUCUUGUAUAACUUUACCAUUAAUUCAAUUCGCAACUCCACCGAGGUUCUAACAAACAAGGAGGAUAAUAGCAAUUUGGCCAAAUUAGGAAUUUACCCCGAGUAUGUGAACCAAUCGAGGGGGAAAAGACCAAAGUUAACGUUUGCAGCAUUGGCUAAAUUUGUGCUAGCAGCCGUUCGAAUAAGACAAAGAACCCGGGAUCAAGCUGAGAGAUACAGAGAGUUGACACGAGUUAGAGGAGAAGUAGACGUGGCCAGACUUAAAUACAAUUAA